AUGAAUCAACUUUAAUAAACUUUAAGGUAUAUUAAGUUAAAGAUAGAAAAAAGAUUAUACACACAGAUCAAAAUUAUGUUAACGUAAGCAGUUUUUUUAAAGAAACUUUCGAAAAAGAACCUGAUUAUGAAGAUGUAUUAUUUUAAAAUUUAACUAAAAUUAUUGUAGUCCCAUAAAGUUGUGUAACUUUAAAAGCAUUUGAUUACUUUAAGAAAUAUUAUCAACCAUAACAAAUUAUAUGAGGAACUUUGAAUAGAGAUAAUUUAUUUUUAAAUC